AGAGUCUGAGACUUUCCUCGUAAUUUAUCACUCAAAAUCGCUUCAUUCGGAGGAACGGAUUUAGUAUUAAUUCUUACACCAGUCUUCAGCACGUAGACGCGCAAUACCGGCUCAAAUCCAUGUGAUUUCGCUGUUUUUUUGGUGUGGAUUUGUGGUACAUGUGGAUGUUGAUGCGGUAGGGAGUAAAUAAAGAUGCCGCAGCCGAAAUCGCGAAAGAUCGCCGUCCUGGGCUACAGAUCCGUCGGUCAGUUUUUCACUAAAAUGAUCACAGUCAAUGGUCAGGAGUAUCACCUGCAGCUCGUGGACACAGCCGGACAGGUCACACACAGUUUUGAAGUAGUAAAAGUUAUCCAUGAAAAACUGUUGGACAUGGUGGGGAAAGUACAAGUACCCAUAAUGCUGGUGGGCAAUAAGAAAGACCUGCACAUGGAGCGAGUGAUCAGCUGUGAAGAAGGUAAAGCUCUGGCAGAGUCGUGGAACGCAGCGUUCAUGGAGUCCUCAGCCAAAGAGAACCAGACGGCGGUGGAGGUGUUCAAGAGGAUCAUUCUGGAGGCUGAAAAGAUGGAUGGAGGAGCUCCACAGGGCCGGACGCCCUGCUCCAUGAUGUAGAUAGCCCCGCCCUCCUGCAGUCUGACCCCGCCCCCCAAUCCAGCCCUCCCCCAGUCUGGCCCUGCCCACCGGAGAACCAGCACAAACUCUUCUAGCAAGCGCGAGAGAGAGAGAGAGUGUGUGUUGUUUGUAUGUGUGUGUGUGUGUGUAUGUUUGUGUGUGUGUGUUUGCUAGAAAAGUGUGUUUGAGCCCCUCUGCCUCCACUACAGCACUGGACACUGGAAAUCCCUCUACUUGAAGUGGCUUACAGCCUGUUCUCCUUCAUACACACACACACACACACACACACACACACUCGUACACACACAGAUCGCUCUUAUUUUAGACCUUUUAUACUUCAGUUCACUUUUAAUUUGUUGAGUUGUGUGCAGCUUUUAUUUAUUUUAUUUAUUUAUUUAUUUAAGUUGAUUUCCUCCAGCCUUGCGUCUCUCCAUCUUCAUCAUCAUCAUCAUCUUCAUUCGCUCUUCUCUACCUCUCAUUAUUUUCUUCUUCUUCAUCCUCCUGGGUCUGUUCCUCGUCGUCUGCUCCUCCUCUCCGGCUCUCUGGAAUUUGUAUAUGGUGUUUCUUAAACCGUAAUGAUGGCCAAUAAAGUGAUCCUCAUCAUUCAUUCAUUCAUUCAGUCAGUGGGUGGUGAAUUUUGUUGCACUUUUUUGAUUGUAAUCAUUAAACGCAGCAUUUUCUUUCACUA